ACAGUGUUUAUAGGGUCCCCACUCCGCCAUUGCGAGCAUUCACGCAAAGUGCGAGACGAUGAAGUGAGUCCCUCAAUUUUGUGGUUUUCCAUGUGAAAUUGUGCGAAAAAUUGGUCAAAAGUGCGUGAAAACAGCAAUCAGUGGAGUAAAGUGUUCCAUCAAAGAAGUUAAGAAGAAGCAAGAAACUGCGAAAGGAGGAAGAGAAGAGUGCGAUCAUCAAUUUAGAGGUGAAGUAGUGCAAAUAAGACGAACAUUUCAAAGAAUUUCAGACAAGUGAGAGUGAAGGAAGAAGUGAAAAAUGGCAAACUUGUCAAGCUUGCUUUGGGAGCAGACUGUAAAAUUACCUCCAGAAGUGAUGAUGACCAUCAAGCAGCACUACAAUGAGGUGAUGCCGAUUGAAAUACGUCAUUUCUUAGCGCAAUGGCUCGAGGAGCAUAUUUUGCCAUCGAUGAAUCUGCAGAUGGAAUACGAUCCUCAGCAAUAUGAGCACAUUGCAUCGACUUUCCUGAGCGACUUCAUCCAUGAAUUGGAGACGCGUGCACCUGAUUUCACUGGGACAAAUGUGACGGUGCAAUUGUGCUUCACGGAGAUGGCGAAGAAGCUGCGACAGCGCUAUCAGCACGAUCCGCUGCAAUUGUUCAAUCACUUGACGCGGUGUCUGCAGAUGGAGUGGAGUUAUGUGAAUAAUUGUGCGAUGCCAUAUCAGAACGCCGAGAUUGUGGAGGUGAACGAGAAAUUGCACAUCCUCACCUCAAUGGUGGCGGCAAAUGAGGAGGAGAACAGACAACUGAAGCUGGAUUAUGAGCGAUUCUCGCUGGAGUAUCAUGACUUGUUUAAGACCACGGCGUACGUGAAGACGCUCACUAAUCCGCAAGAGGCGGAGCAGAGCAAGGCGCAGCUGAAUGAGCAGCAGAAGCGCUUGCAAGACUUCCUCAAUACCAUCCAGAAUCGCUUGCUGACGCUCAUUGGAAAGAUCAAGGAGGUGAUAGACCAGUUGCAACAAGCUCACGAGCUGAUUAUGGUGAAGCAGUUGAGGCUGUGGAAGGCAAAUCAAGGAUUAGCUGGCAAUGGAGCGCCGCUGAAUAACAAUCUUGACACCAUUCAGCAGUGGUGCGAGACGUUGGCGGACAAUUUGUGGAAUACGAAGACGCAGAUUUCGAUCCUCCUCAAGACCAGACAGACCGUGCAGAAUGAUCCCAACUUGCCGGAUUUGCUUGAGCCGUCUAGAAAAGAGAUUAUCAAUUUGCUCGUGAAGCUCGUAACAGCUAGUUUUGUCAUUGAGAAGCAACCACCGCAAGUGAUGAAAACUAACACUAGAUUCACUGCGACAGUGCGACUCCUUGUUGGACCAAAGCUCAAUAUUCAGAUGAACAGCCCAAGUGUGAGGGUGUCAAUUGUGUCAGAAUCCCAGGCGCAGCAUGUUCAGCAGUCAAAUCAAUACUCAGAAGCACUCGCUUCGGGUGAGAUUCUCAACAAUAGUGGCACUUUGGAGUAUCAACAGGCGACAAAUCAGGUGUCUGUGAGCUUUCGCAAUAUGCAACUGAAGAAGAUCAAGAGGGCGGAGAAGAAAGGCACCGAAAGUGUGAUGGAUGAGAAAUUUGCCCUGCUGUUUCAAUCUAAAUUCCAGAUUGGAAGCGGUGAGCUGGUCAUCACGGCGUGGGCUCUAUCGCUGCCUGUGGUUGUGAUUGUCCAUGGGAAUCAGGAGCCACAGAGUUGGGCGACCAUCACAUGGGACAAUGCCUUUGCCGAUCCCAUGCGCAUACCUUUUCAGGUGCCGGACAAAGUGCCAUGGCCACGCUUGGCCGAUGCGCUCAAUAUGAAGUUCAAAGCUGCCACUGGACGCCUGCUGUCUGAGGGGAAUUUGCAAUUUCUGUGCGAGAAAGCCUUCCGGCACACGACACCAAACACCCUCAAUCAGAAUGAGAUGUACAUCUCAUGGGCGCAAUUCUGCAAGGAGCCUCUGCCAGACAGAACAUACACAUUCUGGGAAUGGUUCUACGCCGUGAUGAAGCUGACGCGAGAGCAUUUGCGUAAUCCAUGGCAAGAUGGCCUCAUAAUUGGAUUUAUUCACAAGAAGCAGGCCGAGGAUAUGCUGAUGAAGUGUCCGAUUGGCACAUUUUUGCUCAGAUUCUCCGACAGUGAACUGGGAGGCGUCACUAUUGCUUGGGUUGGCGAUGGGAGUGACCAGCAACCGCAAAUAUUCAUGCUUCAGCCAUUCUUGGCCAAAGAUUUUGCCAUCCGCUCCCUUCCUGAUCACAUUGCUGAUCUGCAGCAACUUGUCUCGCUGUAUCCAGAAACACCGAAGGAGAAGGCAUUUGGCAAAUAUUUCACCGCUUUUCCCAGCCAAGCGAACAAUGGAUAUGUGGUGCGGCGACUGGUGACGCAGGUUCCUGGAGUGCCCAUGGGAAGCUAUCCAAACACACCGAGUCACAGCAUGAGCAUACAAUCGCCAGAUCACACGAGGGAUACGCCGUCAAUCUCGAGCAGCUAUGGACAACCUGGAAAUGCACUUCCCAGUGAAUUUGGUAUGAUGUUAGAUGACUUCGACGAUUUGGGUGGAAUGUUUCCCACGAAUUACCAAAAUCAACAAAAUUAGGACGUUGUAAGUGUCACGAGAGGAGCAUCUCUUAUUUACGGACAAGAGAAUCUUUUACAUUAUUCGAUUUUUAAGAGGAAAAGAAACUUAUGAAGGAGUAAAUGUUAUUACUUUAAAAGUGUCUGGAGGAGAGAAUACGGAGCAGUAAAAUGUGUUUUUAUUUUCUUUGAAUUUGUAACAGCAAAAUAAGAGAGUUGGAAGAACUCUCGGAUUUUACAGAAUAAAAGAAAAAUUGAAAAGUAACGAAGAAGAGAAGAAUUUGUAUUUUUUAGUUAGUGUGAAAUAAUGAUUUGACAAAGAAUCCGUGCUUCAUAAUAACAAUUUUUAUUUUGAUGUGUCGUUUUUUGAAUAAAACUACUUUCACUAAUGAAAAAAAAAUAUUGAAAUAUAAAUUAAUAAUAUAGAUUUAAAGAUAAAAACUUAAAGGUGAUACUGAGGUAAUGAUUGUAUUUUAAAUAAAUAUUUUUAUCUACAUUGUAAGAAAUUAAUAAUGAAUAAGAGUCGCAUAAGAUUAGCUGUCUCACUGUUACAUUACAAUAAUACAUUGUGUAAAACGAAGCGUUUAGAGAAAAAAAGAGCAUACGUUAAUCAAUUUUCUUCUAUCAAUUUAAAUCUGCACACCUUAUUUUACUACCUAAAAUGUUUAACGGCAUAGUAUAAAUUUUCUGAGACUUCUGGAGAACCCCAAAUUUUUUGGAUCGACACUACACUGUGAAGAAAUAUAUUCUAUAUAAAAAUCUAAUUUUUUAGAUGAAUAUUAGAUUAUAAUAUUUACAUAAGAUCAGAUUUUACAUCAUGUAUACAUAUAUUUACAGAUAAAAAUUAUCAUAGAAGGAGAGUUUUCGAUCGAUUUCGUCCAUUUUUAUAAAACUGUAACUUGUCAGUUUUAACUAUAGUAAGAUGUCAGUACCUUAAAUAUGAGAGAAAUAUCGUUUUUUUUUUGUAAAUAAAUUUCUUUUUUAUUUCAGCCAGAAAUUCUGUAAUUUUUGUAUUGACUGCAAUCUUACAAUAUCUUGAUGAAAAGAUUUUUAUAAUUGCAAAUCAUGUGUUUUUUUUUAUUUCAAAUUUAAAACCACGAAUUAGUGCAAUUACAAUUUAAUUUGUUGAGAACAUCAAAAAUGAUUUAGAGAUUUUCAAUGAGAUUUGUGUAUUAAUUUUCAAUGGACGAUAAAAUCAAGAAGAAGAAUUUCGGUGUAUAUUGAAAAGAUAGAGAGAAAAAAAUGGAAUUUGACGAAGUAUUUACAUACAUGUGAGUGCCUCUGUGCUUUAAUAUCAAUUGUGAGUGGAUGGAAGAAAUUUAAGAAAUGUCGAUAUUCGAAGAAAAUCUUUAUGUGCUAUUUCAAUUUACUGUUGGCAUCUUAACUCGGAGAAUUUUUUAAGUAUCACCAAGUAUUCGGUAGUUGUUGCAAAACUGCUCAAAUUGUGAAAAAGAACAUCAGUAAAUACCGACUUAUAUUAAAAAAAAAAACUAAUAUGACAUAAACUGUAUAUCUAUGCAUGAUUCAUGUGAGUUUCUUCUGUCUGUUAUCUCAGCGAAUGAACCAAAAAUAUGUAUUGAAGUUGUUGUAAUGCUAUAGCCUUUCCUCCACCCCAAAGUCAAAGAAGAACAACAUUUCAAGAUUCAACUAAGUGUGGUAGAAAUUGAUGUGUAUUUUGCAAAUGCAUGAAGUGUUUUUAGUAUUGACGUUGUUAUCUCGAUUCAAGAAGAUCACUUACAAUGUCGCAACGAAUGAUUUGACAAGUCAAGAUAGAAUAAUUUUCUGUGCGAGAGAUUUUCUAAAGUGAAAGUAAAUUUGAAGGCCAUUUUAUUCAGUGUCUUUUUAUGAGUGCCAUAGAGUAGGCGACGCAGAAUUGUGAAGGAAAUAAUGUGAAUUGAUUGUAGAUGUUUCUUAUAAUGGAUGCGAAGAAGAAGAAAAAAACAAUGAUUGGCGCUGUCUAUGUACUUUGUAUAGAAACAUUACAGAACUAAAAAUAGGUAAAAAAAAGUCAUAAUACCUAAACUUAAUAAGUGAACCAAGAUACUAAAGCUGUUGUGAAACUUUCCUAAUACAUAGAUAUAUUUUCUCUUAACUCUUCUUAUCACAGAUAAAUAAAUAGAAAAGGAAAUAUUUAAGAAGGAUUUUGAAAAGAUUCACCCAAUGUAAGAACAAAGAUAUCUAAAUUUCUUGUCAAUUGAUUCAGAGACAGCAAAUUAAUGGAGAAAAAAGAAAUUCCGUCUUAAAUACUUGUGAAGAAUAUUUAAUGCAAGUUGAAAUACACUAUUCGGUGCUUAAUUAGUGGCAAUUCAUUUGCGUUUAUUGCAUUUAAAAUUGUGUUAUGUCAUUUUUUAACUAAUUGAUAAAUAAUUUCUUGCACAUAAAUCACAUAUUUUUUUUAAUAGUUUUAUAAGAAUUACUUCUUUUUCUCUUUGUGAGUACAAGAAUUAUGUUGAUUUGGAUAAUUUUAAAUAUCUUUUAUAUACAAAAAAAUACAAAUAUCUUUAAUUUAGCGUUUAGGAAGAAAGAAACAUUUUUUAAAUAUGCAAUUUUGAUUUAGUUUUAUACACUUUGUACAAUUAGAUUUGACAAAAAAAAUUCUUGGAUAUUUGUUUGCGAGUAAAUUUACGUUUUAUAUUUUAUUUUACAAAUGUUUAUGUUUUUUUUUCGUCUUCAACCCUUAAUAGUGCAGAAAGUACAUAAUUGUACCUAUAAUUAAGUGUAAAGCUGUAAGAUUGAUAAACAAUCGAUUACACAGAAAUGAGAAUAAUUUUGCAUGGAACCAGAAAUAUAUUUACUUGUAAACGUGUAAUUUAAUGAUGAGAAAUAUAAAUUGAAAUUGUGAAU